AGUUUGGGGCUGGCCGGCGAACUACCCGGAUGUAUAAUAGGCCAUGUGCACUUCCAUACAGUCAGCCCUCACCUCCAGUCGUUAUAUCACCUCGUCUGUCUGACGUGCCUCCUCCGAAGCUCCAAUAACCCACAUCGCGCAAGCAUGUUUCGUCUACCCACAAUCAUGAAGCAGGUGAGGCCAGUGUGCAGGACGCUAGCGCCUCACCUCACGCGCACCUACGCAAAGGACGUCAAGUUUGGUGCAGACGCCCGGGCGCUCAUGCUGCAGGGGGUUGACCUGUUGGCCGAUACUGUCGCUGUAACUAUGGGCCCGAAGGGUCGCACAGUCAUCAUUGAGCAGAGCUGGGGCAGCCCCAAGGUAACCAAAGAUGGCGUGACUGUGGCCAAGAGUAUCGACCUGAAGGACAAGUACAAGAACAUUGGUGCCAAGCUUGUGCAAGAUGUUGCUAACAACACCAACGAGGAGGCCGGAGACGGGACUACCACCGCCACCGUGCUUGCGCGCGCCAUCGCCAAGGAAGGCUUCGACACGAUCAGCAAGGGAGCCAACCCCGUGGAGAUCCGCCGCGGUGUCAUGAUGGCCGUCGAGACCGUCAUUAAUGAACUUAAGCAGCUAUCCAAGCCCGUCACCACACCUGAGGAGAUUGCACAGGUUGCCACCAUCUCAGCCAAUGGCGACACAGAGAUUGGGAAUAUCAUCUCCAACGCCAUGAAGAAAGUUGGUCGCAAAGGAGUCAUCACUGUGAAGGAUGGAAAAACUCUUCAUGAUGAGUUGGAGGUCAUUGAGGGUAUGAAGUUUGACCGUGGUUACAUCUCCCCAUACUUUAUCAACAGCGCCAAGGGUCAGAAAUGUGAAUUCCAGGAUGCCUACCUGCUGCUCAGUGAAAAGAAAAUCUCUAGCGUCCAGAGCAUUGUACCCGCCCUGGAGAUCGCCAACCAGCACCGCAAGCCUCUGGUCAUCGUGGCAGAGGAUGUGGAUGGAGAGGCUCUCAGCACCCUGGUCCUUAACAGGUUGAAGGUCGGCCUGCAGGUUGUUGCAGUCAAAGCACCUGGCUUCGGAGACAAUAGGAAGAACCAGCUGAAGGAUAUGGCUGUUGCCACUGGAGGCACUGUAUUUGGCGAUGAUGCUUUGGGGUUGGCUUUGGAGGACAUCCAAGCGCACGACUUCGGCAAAGUAGGCGAAGUGCAGAUAACCAAAGACGACACGCUGCUCCUGAAAGGAGCGGGAGCGGCAGCCGACGUGGAGAAGCGGGCGGCCGAGAUCGUGGAGCAGUUGGAAAACACCACCAGCGACUACGAGAAAGAGAAGCUCAACGAACGCCUGGCCAAGCUCUCAGACGGCGUCGCCGUGCUCAAAGUCGGAGGGACAAGCGAUGUCGAAGUUAAUGAGAAGAAGGAUCGCGUGACCGAUGCCCUGAAUGCCACUCGGGCUGCCGUGGAGGAAGGCAUCGUGCCUGGUGGUGGCUGCGCUCUGCUGCGCUGCAUUCCUUCAUUGGACACCAUCAAAGCUGCCAACGCAGACCAGAAGAUUGGCGUGGACAUCAUCAAACGAGCACUGCGCAUCCCUGCCAUGACCAUCGCCAAGAACGCUGGCGUUGAGGGCUCCCUAGUGGUGGAGAAGAUUCUGCAGGGGCCCGCCGAGGUGGGAUACGAUGCCAUGUUGGGCGAAUACGUCAACAUGGUGGAGAAGGGCAUCAUUGACCCUACCAAGGUGGUGCGGACGGCCCUCUUGGACGCGGCGGGCGUAGCCUCACUGCUCUCCACCGCAGAGGCGGUCGUCACAGAGAUCCCCAAAGAAGAAAAGGAGAUGGGGGCCGGCGGGAUGGGCGGCAUGGGUGGUAUGGGGGGCAUGGGCGGCGGCAUGGGCUUCUAAAAGGCGACAGCCACCUUAGCUCAUCGCUCCCUCAUUCCUCCGUGACUUUAUAGACUCGAUACAAUGGCUCCUUUGAGACUCUGCAGCCAUAACUCACUGAACUUGACCGAUCAGAAGUUGACACUGCAAGUGGGUAACCCUUCAAGUUUGGAGGAGCCGGCUUCCAGGAGGAGAUCCGCUUGUUUUCCCACAUCAGUUAACCCACAUCAUGCUGUAAAAUAUGCACGACUGUCUGUAGGAGGUGGCAGUUUUCUUCCCCUGCAGGAACUCGCCACUAAGUUUACAGGAGCAGCCCACGUUACUUCCGCUCCAAACAUUAGGUGUGAGGUUAUACUAAUAAUUACCAUCUGCAAUGGAAUAUUGUUUGGCCGUUUGUUGACUUCCUGCAGUGGGAAUCUGCCUCAAAUUCUAUAGAAAUUAGAUUUGAGGAGAAAAAAAUAACGGUAAAAAAAUGAUGCAGAGUGUGGAGUCAGGAAUGGGUCACUGUCGUUUAUAUUUGUCUUGACUUAAUUUUUUUUAUAUAUAUGUCAUGGUUUUGCCCGGCUGAUGAAAAGGGUGAAGGCUAAUUUGAUUUAAUUAAUAAAAAAUUCAAAAUGA